AUGGCAAAGGAGAAACUAAGAUUUGAUAUUAACAUUGCAGCACUUUCUGCAAGUGCAGGUGGUAUUCUUUUAUUAAUGUUAAGUAUUUUUUUACCAUCAUGGUUAUAUAAUCCAGCUGGACGUAGUUUCUAUCCAUAUCCACGUUACUGGGGCCUUUUAACUGUUGUUGGGCGCAGGAUACAAUCUCACAGUGAAGUAUGGGAAAUUGCUUGCAAGACUGCAGCAAAACUAUCUCUUGGAAUUGAUUGCAUUUCACCAUUAUGCCUUUGGUACUCUUAUAAAUGUGAUGCAUAUAGAAUAGUUAAAAAUAUAUCCUAUGGAGUAGCAACAACAUUCUCAAUAGCAUGUGGAAUGAUAACAGGUGCAAUGGUUUGUUCUCUACGAAGUAAUAUUUCGAGUUUAAGAUUUUCAACUGCAUUCAGCUUCAUUGCAUCCCUAAUAUGUAGUGUAGCUAUCGGUCUCUAUACUAUUUUAAUGGAUCAAGCAUUCUCAAUCAUUAAUAGUGCAGGAUACUAUCCUGUACCCCAACCUAGUACAUCAUAUUCAAUUGCUUUAGCCGGUAUUUUCCUUUUACUUGUUGCAUUUAUUGCCUUUGCAAAUAGAUAUAGAAGAGUCAGAAGCGAGAAGGAUUUCGAAGAAGAUACAUGGUAUCAAUAUCAACAAUUAAAAGGAGAAUACUACGGGUAUUAG